CGAGUUUGAGUUCAUUCGACAACUUUGUAAAUGCAAAAUGGAAAUAAAAUUUGCAGCUGCAUUUUCGGUGCGAAUUUUUCACCAGAUCUUCCAAUUUACUAAGGAGCAAUUAACUUGUCUUCUCAAGGAUAAACUCUUAUUUGUCAUAAUCCUAUAAUUUGCAAGGGAUUAAAGAUUUAUUCAUGAAACAUGUCGAACGAGCAGGUCUGCCUCUUGUGUUUACAAGUUAUCGACGACACGGGAGAGAAACACCCCCAAAAAAUCAAUAUCGAAACCAUCUGUAAAUUAAUAACAACGUGUCAUCAAAAUUACAUUUUUUCUCAACAUGGAUUUGAUGAGGACGAAACGUGCGAUCUUUGUGCCGAUUGCUAUCAUCUGAUAAGCACAAUGGAAGAAAUUAGGAUGCAAAUUUCACUCCUGGAGGAAGAAAUUGGGUCAAAAAUGAAGCAAAUUCAGGCCACGAUUCUGCACACUUCCUCCUCCUCCCAAAUACGAAAUAAUGGAAAGGAGAAAAUUAUGCAAAUUCGUGACAUGUUUCUCCGCGUGGCAGGUGAAAACGAGCAGCCUGAUGACAAUGCCGAGGAUCAGGUCAAGUUGGAACAUAUUUUUCCAGGAGAGAAUACGGAAAAUUUUGUAUCAGACGAAGACGAGGUUCAAGUCAAGGUGGAGGAGUUACAAAGAAACGAUAAUAGCGUUGACCUUGACCCUCUCGCCGAUUUGGGCGAGCAAUUCUUUGAUAAUGAUGACCUCGAUUCCAUCUGCGAACCAAGCAUUGUAAAGGAAGAAGAAGAAUUAAUUAUCAACGACGAAGACGAAGAAACUGCUUUUUGCAUUGUUCCUUUUCCUCAAACGAACUCGACAAAUCCUAAAGGAAAUCCCAAACGCACUUCUAAACGCAAAAGAGAAUAUUCUUCUCCACCAAAAACAAGAACGAAACAGAGUAAAGUGCAGCUCGAUGGAGUGCCCACCCCUGAAGCGCCAACGCCACGAUUGUCACUGCGCACCAAAAAAAGAAAAGUUCCACCCACACAUGGCGAAAAUCUUAUUUCUUCCCCCAAAAAGACCCAUCCUAUUAAAACCUCUAAUUUUAACUCAGAAUCAUCAGGGGAAGACGAUUCACCUGACAACGAUGAUACGGAUUGGUCUCGUAAAGUUCGCCAUGUCGACUCCAUCGCGACUUCUGACGCCAUUCGUCCCCACAAAUGCACCAAGUGUAAAAAAUCUUUCCUCAUAGAACAAGCCCUCACUCGCCAUACCGCGAAGUUCCACGGUGUCCCCUGCCUCGUACCGUUAUGCACCGCCAAGUUUCACUCCUUCCGAAUGAGGGACGCCCACUUGAAAUCUGACCACGAUGGUCUUGUACCUUAUCAAUGUCGGAUUUGCAAGACCAAGUUCAAAUACCAAGGCGGCCUUUCUAUGCACAUGGUGAUGCGGCACGAAAAAGGAGAAAAGAAAUUGUCCUGCGUCAAAUGCGAGAAGAAAUUCUGUCUCGAGGACAACUUGGCGAGACAUUUGAAACUACAUGAAGUCGAGGGGACAAAACCUGUAGUUUGUGACAUGUGCGACGACCGAUUUGAAAAUGAGGAACGUCUUAAGAAACACAUGGAAUUGAGAAGUCAUACCCGACCAUUUGAGUGUCCUCAAUGUCCGCAGCGGUGCAAGAGUAGAACUGAACUGGACAGACACUUGAGGACCCACACAAAGGAAAAAGCUGACAAAUGUCCUCACUGUGACCACGUUGCUGGCGGCAUAUACACCCUGCAGCGCCACAUCGCAAUCGUCCACACUGCCGGACCUCCCUCACAUACUUGCCACAUUUGUGGGAAAGGGUUUUAUCUUCUCGUCGAUCUUAAGAGCCACAUGAUUCGUCACGAUGAAACGCUUAGAAAGAAAUGUGACACUUGUGACGAAACAUUUUCAGGAUUGAGCAGUUUACACUCGCACCGUAUCAAGGUGCAUGGCCAGGCUCCGCUCGUUUGUGAGGAAUGCGGAGCUACGUUUACAGCGCUGAGAGGAUUUAGACAGCACAAGAAAGUCCACGUGGAUGGAAAAAGACAUCAAUGCCAGACAUGUGGGGCUUGUUUUCUCAAACCGGUGGGUCUUAGAGAGCAUAUGAAAAUUCACGUGGACGAGCGACCAUUCCCCUGCGCCCACUGCGACAGGGCCUUCAAAUCGAGGACGAACAUGAUGAAGCAUGUACUGGCUAUCCACACUCCCGGCUACGUCGUCCCCACCCCGUACAAAUGUCCCCACUGCGACAAAGCGUGUCGAUCCCCUUUCAUCCUGAAAUGUCACAUUCGCCAAGCGCACACGGGAGAGCGCCCCUUCACCUGCGACCAGUGCGAAAAAGCGUUCGCAGUCAAGUCGGCGCUGACUCUGCAUUUGAAAACGGCCCAUGGCGUCGUUCCGGAGAAGAAAGACAGGAUGCCAAGAUCAAAAAAGGAGGCGUUUCGUGUAGAAGAUGACAAUGAUUAAGUUAGAAUUUGUAAUUUUAUACUGCUAAAUUUCAGUUUUUAUCAGUACAUAGAAUUUGUAAUUUAUAUUGUAAUACAACUUUUGUAUUGUCCUUAAGGUAAAAAGCACAUAUUUACGCAUUGUCGUAGAAUUAAUGGUAUCAUUAAGGUCUGCUGAAGCUAUAUUGCAAAUUAUUAAUUUGCAAUUAAAUUAAUCACAUGUGUAACUUAUGAAGAUACGAAUAUUUACAUCGAAAAUAUUUUACUGACAUUAAAAUCCGUGAUUACUUAUGAAAAAGA